AUGGCACGGGCAGUGCCGGUACCACCUGGACCUGACAGCUUCAUCUAUUUCACCAAAGAGUCUCUUGCAGCUAUUGAAAAACGUAUUGCUGAUGAAAGGCAUAGCUGUGACAAAGAUGAGCAUAAGGAAGAAGGUGGUCAUGAAGGAAAUCACCCAAAGCCAAGUAAUGAUUUGGAGGCAGGAAAGACGCUGCCAUUUAUUUACGGUGAUAUUCCUCAAGAAAUGGUGUCUGAGCCUCUGGAGGAUCUGGACCCAUAUUAUAGCAAUAAAAAAACUUUUAUAGUAUUGAAUAAAGGGAGGACCAUCUUCAGGUUCAGUGCCACAUCUGCCUUGUACCUUUUUUCUCCUUUCAAUAUUCUUAGAAGAUUAGCUAUUAAGAUUUUGGUUCAUUCAUAUCCUUUUCAAGUGGUUUGUAAAAAAUCAACAUUAUUCAGCAUGCUCAUUAUGCUCACUAUUUUGACAAAUUGUGUCUUUAUGACAUGGAGUAACCUUCCAGACUGGACAAAGAACGUAGAACACACUUUCACUGGAAUUUAUACUUUUGAAUUUCUGGUAAAAAUUCUUGCAAGAGGCUUCUGUAUAGAUGCUUUUACUUGCCUUCGUGACCCCUGGAACUGGCUUGAUUUUGUUGUCAUUUCCUUUGCAUAUCUGACAGAGUUUGUGGACCUGGGCAAUGUCUCAGCGUUGAGAACGUUCAGAGUUCUCCGAGCUUUGAAAACAAUAUCAGUCAUUCCAGGCUUGAAGACUAUUGUGGGAGCCCUAAUUCAGUCUGUGAAGAAGCUCUCAGAUGUAAUGAUUUUGACUGUGUUUUGCCUGAGUGUAUUUGCACUAAUAGGGCUGCAGCUGUUCAUGGGCAAUUUGAAGAAUAAGUGUUUGUUGUGGCCAUCCAGAAAUUCGUCGUCUUUUGAAAAAUACUUAGCUCCAUACUUUAACGAUACGGUGUUUGAUUGGGCAGCAUACAUUGAGAAUGAAAAUCAUUUUUAUCGUCUAGAAGGAGAAAAGGAUUACCUGCUUUGUGGCAAUAGCUCAGAUGCAGGUAAAUGUCCAGAAGAGUUUAUCUGUGUGAAAGCUGGAAGAAACCCCAACUAUGGGUAUACUAGCUUUGACACAUUCAGUUGGGCUUUCUUGUCAUUGUUUCGACUGAUGACACAAGACUACUGGGAAAAUCUUUAUCAGCUGACAUUACGAGCAGCUGGCAAAACAUACAUGCUAUUUUUUGUUCUGGUGAUCUUUCUGGGUUCCUUCUAUCUGAUUAACUUGAUCUUAGCUGUGGUUGCCAUGGCCUAUGAAGAACAAAAUCAAGCAACUCUGGUUGAAGCAGAACAGAGGGAGGCAGACUGGCAGCAGAUGCUUGAGCAGCUGAAAAAGCAGCAUGAGGAAGCUCAGGCUAUUGCAGCAGCUGCAGCAGAGAUGAGUAAAUAUAGCAGUGACGGUGGGAUUGGUGGACCUUCAGAUAGCUAUUCAGAAGCAUCCAAGCUUAGCUCAAAAAGUGCCAAAGAAAGGAGAAAUAGAAGGAAAAAAAGAAGACAGAGGGAGCUCUCUGGAGAAGAGGAUAACAUGAAGGAUGGAAAGCUUCCAAAGUCAGAAUCAGAUGGCAGUAUCAGAAGGAAAGGAUUCCGUUUUUCUUUGGAAGGGAAUAGACUUGCAUAUGGGAAGCACUUGACGUCACCUCAUCAGUCUUUACUGAGUGUUCGUGGCUCCCUGUUUUCUCCCAGACGUAAUAGCAGAACAAGUCUUUUCAGUUUUAGAGAUCAUGGAAGAGAGGUAGGAUCUGAAAAUGAUUUUGCUGAUGAUGAGCAUAGCACAUUCGAAGAUACUGGAAGCAGAAGAGGUUCUCUGUUUGUGCUGCGCAGGCACAGUGAACGGCGCAGUAGUAACACUAGCCAGACCAGUAGAACAUCAAGAAGGCUGCUAGUGUUUCCAGUGAAUGGGAAAAUGCAUAGCACUGUGGAUUGCAAUGGGGUGGUUUCCUUAGCAGACGUACCACCGUGUCUCUUGUCACCUACUGGACAGCUUCUGCCAGAGGUGAUAAUAGAUAAACCAACAACUGAUGACAAUAGCACUACUACAGAAAUAGAAAUAAAGAAGAGGCAUUCAAGUUCAUAUCAAAUACCAAUGGAUUUGCUGGAUGAUCCUAAUUUAAGGCAAAGAGCCAUGAGUAUAGCCAGCAUUAUCACAAAUACAAUGGAAGAACUUGAAGAAUCUAGGAAAAAAUGUCCACCCUGCUGGUAUAAGUUUGCCAACACUUUCUUGAUUUGGGAUUGCUGGAAGCCUUGGUUAAAAGUAAAGCAUAUAGUUAGUUUCAUUGUAAUGGAUCCAUUUGUUGAUCUGGCUAUUACUGUUUGCAUAAUUUUAAACACGCUGUUUAUGGCCAUGGAACAUUAUCCAAUGACUGAUGACUUCAAUAAUUUACUUAAAAUAGGAAAUCAGGUUUUUACUGGAAUCUUUGCAGCAGAAAUGGUUCUCAAGAUAAUUGCCAUGGAUCCUUUUUAUUAUUUCCAAGUUGGAUGGAAUAUUUUUGAUAGUUUUAUAGUCACCCUUAGUUUGGUGGAGCUUUUUCUUUCAAAUGUGGAUGGAUUAUCUGUUCUCCGAUCAUUCAGAUUGUUGCGAGUUUUCAAAUUGGCAAAAUCUUGGCCAACUCUAAAUAUGCUGAUUAAGAUUAUUGGCAACUCAGUGGGGGCUUUGGGGAAUUUGACCCUGGUGCUGGCCAUCAUUGUCUUCAUUUUUGCUGUGGUUGGGAUGCAGCUGUUUGGGAAAAGCUACAAAGAAUGUGUCUGCAAGAUCUCUAGCGACUGUGAACUCCCGCGCUGGCACAUGCAUGACUUUUUCCACUCUUUCUUGAUUGUAUUCCGAGUGCUCUGUGGAGAAUGGAUAGAGACGAUGUGGGACUGCAUGGAGGUUGCAGGUCAAACCAUGUGCCUUACUGUCUUCAUGAUGGUCAUGGUGAUUGGAAACCUAGUGGUAUUGAACCUUUUUCUGGCCUUACUGCUGAGUUCAUUUAGUUCAGACAGCCUUUCUCCUACAGAGGAUGAUAACGAAAUGAACAAUUUACAGACUGCUGUUGCAAGAAUUCAGAACGGAAUAGAUUGUGUGAAGAGAAAAGCAAGAGAAUGUGUCCAGAAAUCUUUUUGCAGGAAACAAACUGUUGUAAAUGAAAGAAAAGCAACAGAUCAGUUGAAUGAUAAGAGAGACGGUUGCAUUUCUAACCGUACCAUCGCUGAAAUAAAGAGAGAUCUGAAUUAUCACAAAAAAGAGAAUGGAACCACCAGUGUUGUAGCUGGCAGUGAUUAUGCAUCAUUCAUAAACAACCCAAGCCUUACUGUUACAGUACCGAUAGCUGUUGGAGAAUCUGAUUUUGAGCAUCUAAAUACAGAAGAGUUUAGCAGUGAGUCGGAUCUGGAGGAAAGCAAGGAGAAGCUAAAUUUUUCUAGCUCAUCUGAAGGAAGUACAGUUAAUUUAGCUCUCUUUGGAGAAGAAAAAGCAGAGAAUGAACCGGAACAAGCAUUAGAGCCACAGGCAUGUUUUACAGAAGGCUGUGUACAGAAGUUUAAAUGCUGUAAAGUCAGUGUAGAAAGUACAAAAGGAAAAAUGUGGUGGAACCUCCGAAAAACCUGCUACAAGAUAGUAGAACAUAACUGGUUUGAAACAUUCAUCGUCUUCAUGAUUCUUCUCAGCAGUGGUGCUCUGGCUUUUGAAGAUAUAUAUAUUGAACAGCACAGGACUAUCAAGGUGAUACUGGAAUAUGCUGACAAAGUCUUCACUUACGUCUUUAUUCUGGAAAUGGUGCUAAAAUGGGUGGCCUAUGGUUUUCAAACGUAUUUCACUAAUGCUUGGUGCUGGCUGGACUUCCUGAUUGUUGAUGUCUCCUUGGUUAGCUUAAUAGCUCAUGCCCUUGGUUUCUCAGAACUUAGUGCAAUUAAAUCACUUCGAACGUUAAGAGCUUUGAGACCUCUGAGAGCUUUGUCACGCUUUGAAGGCAUGAGGGUGGUUGUAAAUGCUCUUACUGGAGCAAUCCCAUCCAUUAUGAAUGUACUUCUGGUUUGUCUUACAUUCUGGCUAAUUUUCAGCAUCAUGGGAGUAAAUUUGUUUGCCGGCAAGUUCUAUCACUGUGUUAACACCACAACUGGUGACAUGUUCUCAUCAGACACAAUUGAUAAUAUGACUGCAUGUAACAGUCUUUCUCACACUGCUGUGGAUGUCCGGUGGAAAAACUUGAAAGUAAACUUUGAUAAUGUUGGAGCUGGUUAUCUUUCUCUGCUUCAAGUAGCAACGUUUAAAGGAUGGAUGGCGAUCAUGUAUGCUGCUGUUGAUUCUAGAGGAACGGAGAAACAGCCCAAGUACGAGUGCAACCUGUACAUGUACCUUUACUUUGUUGCCUUUAUCAUCUUUGGAUCAUUUUUCACUCUAAACUUAUUCAUUGGUGUCAUCAUAGAUAACUUCAACCAACAAAAAAAAAAGCUUGGAGGUCAAGACAUUUUCAUGACAGAAGAACAAAAGAAAUACUACAAUGCAAUGAAAAAGUUGGGUUCCAAAAAACCACAAAAACCUAUACCCAGACCAGCGAACAAAUUGCAAGGUCUGGUGUUUGAUGUUGUAACAAAACAAGCAUUUGACAUCAGCAUCAUGGUUCUCAUCUGUCUAAAUAUGGUCACCAUGAUGAUAGAAACAGAUGAGCAGAGUGAAUUGAUGCAAACUAUUUUAUACUGGAUUAACUUGAUCUUUGUUGUGCUUUUCACUGGAGAAUGUGUACUCAAACUGUUCUCACUUCGUUAUUAUUACUUCACCAUUGGCUGGAAUAUUUUUGAUUUUGUGGUUGUUAUUCUCUCAAUAGUAGGCAUGUUUUUAGCUGAGGUGAUUGAAAAGUACUUCGUGUCCCCCACUUUGUUUAGAGUUGUACGACUUGCCAGAAUAGGUCGAAUCCUGCGUCUCAUUAAGGGUGCUAAGGGCAUCCGCACUCUGCUUUUUGCUUUGAUGAUGUCUCUUCCCGCUUUGUUCAACAUCGGUCUGCUGCUGUUCCUGGUCAUGUUUAUCUAUGCCAUAUUUGGAAUGUCCAACUUUGCCUAUGUCAAGAGGGAAGACGGUAUAGAUGACAUGUUCAAUUUUGAAACAUUCGGCAACAGCAUGAUCUGUCUCUUCCAAAUUACCACAUCUGCUGGCUGGGAUGGUUUGCUAGCCCCAAUUCUCAACAGCGGGGAACCAGACUGUGACCCUCAUAAGGAUCAUCCGGGCAGCUCCGUUAAAGGAGACUGCGGCAACCCUUCCGUUGGGAUUUUCUUCUUUGUCAGCUACAUUAUCAUAUCGUUCCUGGUAGUGGUGAACAUGUACAUUGCUGUGAUUUUGGAGAACUUUGGUGUUGCUACUGAAGAAAGUGCUGAGCCCUUGAGCGAGGAUGACUUUGAGAUGUUCUAUGAGGUUUGGGAAAAGUAUGAUCCAGAUGCCACACAAUUCAUAGAAUAUAGCAAACUGUCUGAUUUUGCAGCAUCUCUGGAUCCUCCUCUUAAUUUACCAAAGCCAAACACAAUUCAGCUUAUUGCAAUGGAUCUGCCCAUGGUAAGUGGUGACAGAAUUCACUGCCUUGACAUCUUGUUUGCUUUCACGAAGCGUGUUUUGGGGGAAAGUGAUGAGAUGGAUGCCCUCAGAAUACAAAUGGAAGACCGUUUUAUGGCAUCAAAUCCUUCUAAAGCCUCCUAUGAACCGAUUACAACCACAUUAAAACGAAAACAGGAGGAGGUGUCUGCUGCCGUUAUUCAGCGUGCUUAUAGAUGUUACCUUUUAAGACAAUCACUAAGAAAAAUUUCAUUUAUGUAUGGCAAAGAUGGAGUUGAUCUGCCUAUCAAAAAAGAUACGAUGAUUGAUAAGCUGAGUUUAAGCUCUGCUCUAGAAAAAACAGAUAUGACCACAUCUACCACAUCUCCACCUUCCUACGACAGUGUAACAAAGCCAGAAAAAUAUGAAGAUGACAAAUUAGAAAAAGAAGACAUGGGGAAAGACAGAAAAGGAAAUAAAGAAUAAAAGAAGACCAAAACAGCUUGUCUGUGAUGAGCGUUUACAAGACUGAGAAGAUGACGUUCCUGUCAAUAGCACUCUUAGUGGAGGACUAUGCUGAAAUGACAAAUUUUUACAUAUCUACCUAUUGUUAUAGUCAGUGCCUAUAUCAAGACAAUGACCCUUCGUUAGUAAACUCUCACUAUGUAGCAGGGAAACUAUUGCCAGGAGACUAGCUUUUAUUAUCAGCUAGCAGUAAUGAAAAGAACAUGCAGAAUUUCCACUUGGACUGUAGGGACCCUUAAUGGGAUACAAAACUAGCAGUCAUAAUAAGUCUGUAUUUUUGUCAAAUAAGUGUAUUCACUGUAUACAUUUCAUCUGCCAUAUAUGUGCUAGAUUUGUAAUUUCUUUUGAUGAUCUCAUUAGCUUUAAUUCAUGUUAUUUUUUUGUGAUUUUACUAUG